CGCGCGCGAGGUAGAGAGCGCGCGAGACGGUCGAGGAAUGAGUGACGCCAGAGUGCGGCUCGCGCUGCGAUUGGCUUGCGAGACUAAGGGUUGGCGGCGGCGGUGGUGUGUGCGGCCCCGCCCCCUUCCCUCCUCGGGCGUGCGCGAGGCGGCGGCGCGUGGCAGGGGCAGCGGCGUCUCCGUCUGCGACUCCCCUCUUCCCUUCCCCUCCCCCCUCCUCUCCUCCUUUUUUUCUCUCCUCUUUUUCCCUGACAGGCUAAGGCCAUGACCGACUUCAAGCUGGGUAUCGUACGCCUCGGCCGGGUGGCUGGCAAGACAAAAUACACGCUGAUAGAUGAGCAAGACAUUCCGCUCGUAGAGAGUUACUCUUUUGAGGCUCGGAUGGAGGUGGAUGCUGAUGGAAAUGGUGCUAAAAUAUUUGCAUAUGCAUUUGACAAAAACCGAGGAAGGGGGUCUGGACGCCUGCUACAUGAGCUUCUCUGGGAGAGACAUCGGGGAGGUAUUGCUCCAGGAUUUCAAGUGGUGCAUCUCAACGCGGUGACAGUGGACAACCGUCUAGACAACUUGCGAUUGGUUCCAUGGGGCUGGAGACCCAAAGCGGAAGAAAUUUCUAGUAAACAAAGGGAACAAAGCUUAUACUGGCUGGCGAUACAGCAGCUUCCCACAGACCCCAUAGAGGAGCAGUUUCCUGUGCUGAACGUGACACGCUAUUAUAAUGCUAAUGGGGAUGUUGUGGAAGAAGAGGAGAACUCGUGCACAUACUAUGAAUGUCACUACCCUCCAUGCACGAUGAUUGAGAAACAGUUACGUGAAUUUAACAUCUGUGGGAGGUGCCAGGUUGCACGGUACUGCGGCUCGCAGUGCCAGCAGAAAGACUGGCCAGCUCACAAGAAGCACUGUCGAGAGAAGAAACGAGUCUUCCAGCAGGAGCUUGGACCAGAGCGAUGACUGGCUAGCCGAGGCCUUAGCCCCACGGGCACCUUCCUAGAGGGCAAGGGGAGGUGUCUGCUUUGCACAGACUGCUCACUUGAAGCCAGAGGCACUGACAACAGAAAAAUUUUUACAAACCAACCCCUGUGAUGCUUGAGGAAAGGGACUGGCUUUCCCCUUCCAGUGUUAGUCUCAAGCAAAAAAGACUACUGGGGAAGUUCUCCUGGCAGGAAGCUUCCCGUUAUUUAUAUGUUAAUAUGUUUGUAAACUUGUGUACAGUUUUUUUGUUAGCAGUUCUCUUAUAUAGGACUCAUUUACUGUAAUGUUCAGGUGAGAACACAUUGUUGGUCGAAAUAACUGUCCUGUAGCGAAAGCUUUUCCUCUCCCUGUGGCUGGGAGAAGGCCGGGGAGCUAGCUCAGACAUCAGCAGUUAAUCUGAACAACUCUGCAUGGAAGCUGUUUUCAAGUAAAGGAUUGGAAUGGA